GUCGCUGUGCCACGGGAUGUCUCUGUGCGGAUGCUGGUGGAAGCGCUGGGAGCGACUGCUGGAAUCUCCUGGGAUGCAUGGCAGUUGACAUGGAAAGGCGAAUCUUUGGAGGACUGGAGCCUUCAACCCUUCGCCGACUCAGAGCUGUCUUCCGUAGAGCUUCAGGUGGUUCUGAAGCCGCAGCCUUUGCAGCUGGAAGCCGAGCACGCUGUCGAACUCUUGCAGGCCUUGAAGGAGCCUUAUGAUGGGCUGCGAAGUCUGAGCUUCGGCCUCGGAUCUCUCCGAGAGCUCUCGCUGGGUGCGAAAGAUGACGAUCCGUGUCUCAAGGACAGCCGUGGCGAUGGAAGCAGCGGUGUCAUGUCAGAGCCUCAGAUGAACGCGCUCUCGCGUGCCGUUCUUGAUAGGAGGUUGCAGUGCACGGUCCUGUGCCUUCGCGGUGUGCUUCGGCCAAUGGCACUGAUGGACCGCGUCGUGGACCGGCAAGACUCAGCUGACUUAGUCUCACUGCUGUCACACAUGCCGCAGCUCACAUCCUUGGAUCUCUCCGGCAACCGUUUGGGGUACGCCAACACUUGCAUCCAGGCGCUUAGCACAGCGAUGCCCAAACUUCAAAAGCUGACUUACCUGAACCUCUCCUGCAAUGGAUUUUUUUCCUCCCAUGGCUUCCAUGGGGGCCCAGGUGUACUGCCCCAUACUUCUGCGCUUUUCGUGAGCUUGCUGACUUUGACGGCCUUGGAAGUUCUGGAUCUGCACUUGAACGACAAGGCCCUGGUCCGCGGUUUCCAUACAGAAAAGGAAGAGCUGGCAUCCUUUUAUGUGCCGAGAUUGCUGAAAGAGCUGCCGUCUUUGAAGAAGCUCGUCUUUGCUGCGAACGAUGCAGGGUUGAGCACGGUGGCAGCCUUCGAGGGCGCGAGACAGCCGGGUUGUCAGAUCGACUAUGGCUUGGGGGACCACGUCGCCACGGCCCUCUCCUCGCUUCAGGAGCUUCCGGAAGGGGGUGUCUUCCGCCUGCCCCUCCUGGAUUUGGAGCCCGCGCAGCGGUCCUGGCCGGUCCGCACAGCCUACUACUGGCACAUGGGCUCCGGCCUUGCAGCUCUCGAGGAGGACCUGAGGCGCCGCGUGGUUUCGGUGGACGUCUCUGGGUUCGAGCUCGGCCGCUCAUGGCCUGGCCUGGUCGAACACGUUCUGCCGCACUUCCCAGCGAUUUGUGAGCUGAAGCUGCAGGAGACGCAGGCUGGAGUCGAAUUCCUCAUGGCUCUGCACCAGCCGGCUUUCGCGUCCUUGACGAAGCUUGACCUAGCAGGCUGUGAUUUGUGCCACUUCACGAACUUAGACGGGCGGCCGCAGAUUGCGCUGGCAUUCUUGUUCUGGUCUGAGUCUUUGACUGAUCUGGAUCUCUCUCAAAACUUCAUAAGCGAAUACGGAGAUUUCUCACCAGGCCACUUGGAACGCAACCUGCCUACCCUGGUUCGUGGCCUGAAGCGCUUGAAGAGACUAGCCUUGCGUGACAACGACAUUGGCGGCGUCCGGCUGAACAAGCGAACCAGGUCUUUGGUUCGCGCUGCUUUCGACUUCGAAGCUGGAUCGUUGGAAGAGCUUGACCUGCAGAGUAAUAAUCUGGAGUCUCCUGAGUGGGCCUAUCUGGUCGACAAUCUGCGUGCCGUGGUGCCGCACGUACGCCUGAGCAGCGCUGGUUAA